AUGCAGGGAUCAGAGAGGAGAAGAGAGGGCACGGUGCAAGGCUCAGAGAGGAGGAGAAGAGAGGGCACGGUGCAAGGCUCAGAGAGGAGAAGAGAGAGGGCACGGUGCAAGGCUCAGAGAGGAGAAGAGAGAGGGCACAGUGCAAGGCUCAGAGAGGAGAAGAGAGAGGGCACAGUGCAAGGCUCAGAGAGGAGAAGAGAGAGGGCACAGUGCAAGGCUCAGAGAGGAGAACAGAGAGGGCACAGUUCAAGGCUCAGAGGGGAGAAGAGAGAGGGCACAGUGCAAGGCUCAGAGAGGAGAAGAGAGGGCACAGUGCAAGGCUCAGAGAGGAGAGAAGAGAGGGCACAGUGCAAGGCUCAGAGAGGAGAAGAGAGGGCACAGUGCAAGGCUCAGAGAGAAGAGAGGGCACAGUGCAAGGCUCAGAGAGGAGAAGAGAGGGCACAGUGCAAGGCUCAGAGAGGAGAAGAGAGAGGGCACGGUGCAAGGAUCAGAGAGGAGAAGAGAGGGCACAGUGCGAGGAUCAGAGAAGAGAAGAGAGGGCAUAGUGCGAGGAUCAGAGAGGAGGAGAGGGCACGGUGCAAGGAUCAGAGAGGAGAAGAGAGGGCACGGUGCAAGGAUCAGAGAGGAGAAGAGCGAGGAUCAGAGAGAAGAGAGCACGGUGCAAGGUGUGAGGAUCAGAGAGGAGAACCGAGAGGGCACAAUACAAGGUGUAAGCAUCAUACAACAGAGGGAACAAUGUGA